AAAUGUAAAAGUUUAACAAAAAACUUUCAUGUGGCGUUUAUAUAGAUAUUAAAAAGGUAAAAACUUUUUCAAGCUAGAACUUUAAUUUAACAGUUUUCAAAAUACUUUUUUCGAUAACAUAAAUAAAGAUUAUUUUCAAACAGCAUAAUUCCCAAAGACCUGUAAUCUCCUCCUCCCCCCCCCCAUCAAUAUGCUCCAUACCCAUUCGCUAUUAUGCUCAAGACGUGUCUUAAGUGUUUUCUUCACUCGAUACUUGUGUAUUAUAAUUAUUAAUUUAUAAUAAUAUAUAAUAUUUGUAUGGGUACGACAGACUACUCUGAUAAAUUGAUCCGCUAGGCGCUAACGCCAUAUUUCUUAUCAAUUAGUAAUCGCUUAUCAGUUAUCAGUGUUUGUUAUCAGCAAAAAAUACCGCGAGAAUUCCAAAAUAUAGAUAAGAACCAAUUGGCAAUUUACAAAAUAUAUCAAACACAAGUAACAAUAGAAAAUGUAAAGGCGGACGAUUUCAAAAGCGAUUCACAUCAUAAGGAAUUGAUACUACUAGUGUACAAAUUAAAAACAUGGAUCAAUUAACAGAUUCGCCAGCCGAAUGGGAUGACAAUAACUUCGAAGAAGACGCAAAAGAAAACCAAAAAUGGACUGUAAAGGAUCAUGUAUUGUUUUUGAUUGACGCUUCAAAACCCAUGUUUCAGCAAUCCCAUAACUCUCAAACUUAUUUUUCUUUGUGCGUCGAGAGUUGCAAAGCCGCGGCGAUAAAUAUUAUUAAAAGGUGUAAAAACGACAAAAUUGGUUUACUGUUGUUCGGAACAAAUAACGAUAACAAAACGUGUCCAAAAUAUUUAAACGUCGUGUGGGAAAUCAAAAAACCCAACGUCGAAUUUAUAAAAAUGCUAGACCAACUAGUAACCGUGGACGAAACCAAAUUUGGCUUAUCGCCAACCAAUCCAAUAGUCGAUGCCGUUUGGUAUGGUAAUUUCUUGUUGACGAAAUAUCGGGAAAAACAAAGUCAUUCGAGUUUGGUAUUUAUGUCUUGCUGUGAUCAGCCGCUUGUUGGCGACGGCAAAAAGUUAUUCAUUUUAAGAAAACGGUUAGAAGAUGUCGUCGCUAAUGAAUUUGCAUUUAAAUUUAUUCCUCUCGGAGCCGAAUUCAAUAUGGGAAUAUUUUAUAACGACUUACUUGAUAAUUUUGAACACAUCGUGAAACCAUCGAAUGGGCUGGACAAUGUCGACGAUAUUGUUUCUGAAAUUGAUACAUACAGCCCAAAGAAAAGAAGCGUAAACGCCUUACGAUUGUAUUUGGACGAUACUACAUUUUUUUCGGUUUCUUUGUAUAAUUUUUUUUCAGAAUUCAAACUGCAACCAAAAGUGAAAUUGGACAGAAGUUCUAACGAACAGGUCUAUUCGUAUAGACAAGUAAUGCACACCGACACCGAUGAGGUGAUGUACAGAUCUGAUUUGGCCAAAUAUUGCAAAAUAUCAAACGCUGAAAUAAUAUUCCGGAACGAAGACCUUGCGAUUCUCAACGACAACCUAAUGGAUCCCGGAAUAAGAUUGCUCGGCUUCAGAAGUCCCGACGAUUUGUACAUUUACUAUCAUUUCAGGACGUACAGUUUUAUUCAACCCAACGAACACGACGUCGAAGGAAGUUCGGUAAUAUUCAACAGUCUUUGCGACACGUGUUUGGAAAUGAACAAAGUGGUUAUGUGUUAUCUAAAAGUGCGACGAGGCGGAAAAAUAAAUCUAGCAGCAUUAAUCCCUCAAGCGGAAACUAAUGAUCAGCCGGCCGGCUUUCAUGUUAUGUAUCUGCCGUUUGCCGACGCUCUCAGAGACGUCAAAACCCAAUCGUACGAUCGUGUCGAGCCGAACGACAGUCAGAUUCAGUUGGCCGCCGACAUAUUGGACAGAUUGUCUUUCGACAAAAAUCCUACAACGAUACCCAAUCCCAAAAUAGACACUCACUGGGCAAUGUUGGAGGCCUUGGCCCUAGACUGUGAACAACCAAAACAAGUCAAAGACGAAACGCUACCCGAUUUCGAAGCCAUUGAACGAAACUUGAGUGGUUUGAAAAAUAACAUUUACGGUCAACUCAUUCCGGUCGGAUACAAACCGUCGACAGCCGCUUCUGUUAGCGCGUCGAAACGUCCGGCUUCCAAUUCGGAUCACGUGGAAACGAUCAAAAGGUUUCGGUCAAACCCCAAAAUGGACACGAUGAAAGAUCUCGUCAAAAAAGGAUUGGUGGACAAGUUGGUCGUCAACGAACUGAAAGAGUUUUUGAAAACCAACGGAUUGCCGAUCGUUGGCAGUAAAGCGGAAUUGGUCUUUAAGGUAUACGACUUUUUCGAAAAUCUAAACUAACUUUUUAAUUUAUUUAUUUUAUUAUUUUUAUUUGUUAAAAUCCACGUGUUUGUAAAAGUUUAUUUGUCGAGUUAUAUAAUAAAAAAUAAAAAUCAAUUGUACGAGAGAGAAAAACACCUCAAUUUGUUUACGUCAAUUGAUUGUUUACUUAACUCGUUCGACCAGCGUUGGGUUAGCUAGAAAAAUAAACAUUAUCUUUUAUUAGGUCUGUUCUUAAAUUUAUUCUCUCCGAUUUCAAUUGUAUAUUUGUAUGUUAAUUCCCUAAUCGGUCAAACUAAUAAAAUAAAGUACGUUAUAUUUCCACCUUAAUUAUAACCGGGUAAACAUUUCACAAUAAAUGAUUUAGAUCUGUUU